GUCCUUGUAAACAAACCAGACGAGAAAACUUACCGGCACUUCUGCAACACCUCUUUCACCUGAAGCCAACAUGUUAGCAUUCAGUAGAACUACACUCAGCACCCUUGGCAAGCAAACUACUGCUCCCCAAAGACAGAUAUGGUAUAGGAUGGUAUCUACAUUCUUCCAAGCCAUGCCCUCUGACAACAAUGAUCAGUUGUGGAACUCUUCACAUUCAAGCCUAAACCCCCUGCGGCACUCAGUUUUAGGAAGGACCUCAACCAUUUUACAAAGUUCUGGUUUGGUGCUCUGUCAGGUUAGGAACUAUGCCAAGGGGAAGGAUAAGAAAGGAAAGGGAAAACAAAAAGUCCACCUUAGUGAUGCAGAGAUGGAGCAGGUGGUGAAUGUAGAGCAAAUGAGGAACCAAUAUACACAGACACUGGAAAACUUGAAACAGGAAUACAUCAAGAACCUUUCACUCAGAACAGCUGUAGGCAGUAUAGAGACCCUUCCUGUGGAGUUGGAAGGAGACGAGUAUCCCCUGAACGAAGUUGCUCAGAUUUCCCGCAAGUCACCCCAGAUGCUACUCAUCAAUGCUGCGGCCUUCCCACAAGCCCUGCCGGGGAUUGUGGGUGCGAUAAAGCAGUCCGGAAUGAACCUCAAUCCACAGCAAGAGGGAACCACGAUUUAUGUACCUAUUCCAAAAGUGACCAAGGAACACCGGGAGAACCUAGCCAAAAGUGCGAAGACCCUGUGCAACCGAUGCAAGGAGCAGCUCAGGGACAUACAGAACAAAUUCAUACGCAAAUCCAAGAGCAAAGAUGGGGAAGUGUCGGAAGAUCUCCUGCACGAUGUCCAGAUUAAGAUUCGCGAGAUUGCAGAAAGCUACAUGCAAGAGGCAGACAAAAUGAUGACAGCAAAACAGAAAGAAUUAUUGAAGUCGUCGUAGAGUUUAGGGCAUUGAGUUUUUGUAGUUGUAAAUUUAUAUAAUUAAAUGUAGUUGUUGUUAAA